CAACUUUUUGCUCGAGCGUCCCCCGCGCUGGGGGCGGGCACUUGCCGGAUUCCCCACCUUUCCCCAGAUUGAAAGUCCACCAAUCAGCUCCGACCUCGACUGCCCAAUCGGGCCAUGGAGCUCGCAUCGAGGCACGCCAACUUUUCGCGAGCGACAUCAUCACAUGUCCUUUUCUUCCGCGUCGAGGAAAGAGGAGUGGGACGCAGCUUCCCGCGAUAUUCGUAGCAGAAGAGCGCCGGAGAGCAAGAAUGUUCAUUGUUUAUAAUGCGCACGUGCAUUGAAGCCAGGCCUUUUGUGGUGGGAAGCAAUCUGCAGACCCGGAAAGGCCUCGACUGCAGGCGAGUGCUGGCAUCUGGGCCGUGAAACAAACUGUCAACGUCAAUCAACCUGCCCAUCCGGAUUUUCUGGGCAUUUUAGUCUGCGGAUGCACGUUCCCCUUGGCUGCGCCCUUUUGGGCCACGGACUGAGGGACAAACUGGGGUCCAAUGGCACGCACAGCGGACGAUCAUCGCAACCAAAAACUUACCGCCCUGUACAAAGACCCUUCCGCACCCAUUGCCGACCGCGUGCAGGACCUCCUCGCCCGCAUGACCAUCGAAGAGAAGACCUCGCAGCUCGUCCAGGGCGACAUCCGCAACUGGGUCAACGAGACCGACUACACGUUCAACCAGACCGGGCUCGAGUGGAGCUCCGCCGCCCGCGGCGGGCUUUACUACGUCGGCCUACCUUUUCCCUGGGACGUGCUGGCCGACAACGUCCAGCUCGGGCAGGGGUACCUGGCGAACCGCACGAGGCUGGGGAUCCCGGCGUGGGUGCAGAGCGAGGGGAUCCACGGGUUCCUGAUCCCCAACGGGACCAUCUUCAACUCGCCCAUCGCGCACGCGUGCUCGUUCAACCCGGAGCUCGUGGGGCAGAUGGCCAAAGUGAUUGCGCGGGAGGCGCUCGCGCUGGGCGUGAACAACAUCUUUGCGCCCGUCGUCGAUCUCGCGCGGGAGCUGAGGUUCGGGAGGGUCGAGGAGACGUAUGGCGAGGAUCCGUACUUGGCCGGCGAAAUGGGAUACGCCUACGUCAAGGGCGUCCAGGAGCCGCAUGAGCUAGGGCAAGUGGCCGCCAUGGUCAAGCACUAUGCCGCCUUCGCCACGCCCGAGGGAGGGCUCAACUGCGCGCCCGUCCACGGCGGCGAGCGCGAGCUCCGCACGACGUAUCUGCCCCCGUUCCACCGCGCCAUCAUGGACGGCGGCGCCCUGUCAAUCAUGUCUGCAUAUCACAGCUACGAUGGCGUCCCUGCCGUCGCCAACUACCACCACCUGACCGAGAUCCUCCGGGAGGAAUGGGGGUACGAGUACUUUGUCAUGAGCGAUGCCGGCGGGACAGACCGGCUGUGCAAGGACUUCAAGAUGUGCACCGCCGACCCGAUCGACGGCGAAGCCAUCAUCAAAUAUGCUCUCCCGGCAGGAAACGACAUCGAGAUGGGCGGCGGGUCUUACAGCUUCUCGCAGAUCCCCGCGCUCGUCGAGGCGGGCACCUUACCCCUAGAGACCGUCGACACGGCCGUGGCGCGGGCCCUGCGCGCAAAAUUCGCCGCGGGACUCUUUGAGAGACCUUACACGGGCGUGCCCGCGGACCAGAGGCACUCGUACAUCCACACCGACGACGCGGUGCAGCUGGCCCGGCAGCUCGACGCCGAGUCGAUCGUGCUGCUCGAGAACCGCGAGGGGUUGCUGCCGUUGAGGAAGGACGCGAAUAUUGCCGUCAUCGGGCCGAUGGCGCACGGAUUCAUCAACUACGGCGACUACGUCCCCUAUGGGUCCCAGUAUCGCGGCGUCAGCCCCCUCGACGGCAUCCGCGCCGCCACUGCUUCCACACCAGGCGGAGGCGGCGGCGGCGGCGGCAAGAUCACCUACGCGCAAGGCUGCGAGCGCUGGUCCACGUCCCAGGCCCUGUUCCCCGAGGCCGUCGCGGCCGCCUCGGCCGCCGACGUGGCCGUCGUCGUGGUCGGCACCUGGUCGCGCGACCAGAACGAGCUGUGGCAAGGGCUCAACGCGACGACGGGGGAGCACGUCGACGUGCACUCGCUGGGGCUCGUGGGCGCCAUGGGCCCGCUCGUCCGGGCCGUCAUGGACACGGGGAGGCCCACCGUCGUGGUGUACAGCUCGGGCAAGCCCGUCACGGAGCCGUGGAUCUCGGACCGGGCGGCCGCCCUGGUGCAGCAGUUCUACCCGUCCGAGCAAGGGGGCCACGCGCUGGCCGACGUGCUCUUUGGCGAUGUGAACCCUUCGGGGAAACUGUCCGUCUCGUUCCCCCGGGACGUCGGGACCACGCCGAUCUACUACGACUACUUGAACUCGGCCAGGGCGUCGGAUGACCCAGGCAUGGUGUAUGAGAACGGGACGCUGGUCUUUGGGCACAACUAUGUGUUGGACAGUCCGUUGCCGCUUUACGAGUUCGGCUACGGCCUAUCCUACAGCACCUUCGCCUACAGCAACCUGCGCCUCUCGCGUGCCACGAUCUCCGCCGCGUCGUCGUCGUCGUCCGCCGAGCCGCCGCUCAUCGUGUCCGUCGACGUGACCAACAACUCGACGCGCACAGGCAAGGAGGUCGUCCAGCUGUACGUCAAGGACCUCGUCGCCAGUGUCGUCGUGCCCAACCGCCAGCUCAAGGGCUUCGCCAAGGUCGAGAUCCCCGCGGGUCAGACGGCGACGGUCGAGAUCGAGCUCGACGUCGCCAAGGCGCUGGGCCUGUGGGACAUGCGCAUGAAGUACGUCGUCGAGCCUGGCGAGUUUGCCAUCUACGUGGGCAGCUCGAGUCUUGAUCUGAGGGCCAACACGACUUUGACCGUGACGUGAGGCGAGAGUUUAAAUGUUGGCGUGGCUA